AUUUCAGAUAAAAUGCACACCGCACUUACGCGGGCCAAUGCCCUGGUUGCGUACACUAUGUCUGUUCUGGCCAGUCUUACGUUUCUAUGCUUCCUGUCAACAUUCUUCAAUGAAUACCAGGUGCACGCUGAUAUAGACACAGUAAAGGUUGUAGUGAAGAAUGUACCUGAUUAUGCUGCCGGCAAGGAGAAGAAUGAUUUAGGAUUUCUCACCUUCGAUCUCCAGGCGGACUUGAACCCGCUGUUCAACUGGAACGUGAAGCAGUUGUUCUUGUAUUUAACAGCUGAAUACCAGACACCCAGCAACGAACUCAACCAGGUUGUGUUGUGGGACAAGAUAAUUCUACGCGGCGAGAAUGCACUCCUAGAUUACAAGAGUAUGAACACUAAGUACUACUUCUGGGAUGAUGGAAACGGUCUGCUUGCACACAAGAACGUGACAAUGACACUAUCUUGGAAUAUUAUUCCUAACGCUGGAAACCUACCUAGGAUUAUGUCACAUGGGAAGCAUUCCUUCUCCUUCCCCGAAGCUUACACAACCUCUAGGGUCAUGUAAACUCUGUCCAGAACACAUCUCAUAUCAUUCAACCCUCCGCUGUCAUCCAACCUGCCAUCCAACAGAAGAACGGGGAUUCAACGAAUUGAUGGUGUAGAAAAUAUGAACGUUCUACUCGGCGAGCUAACAAUCUUCUCAGCGAUUUAAUAACAUUAAAUUUUCAAUCUAACCGUUUUUUCAACGGAUUAACGGUUCUUCUAACGGAUGAACGAUUCAUUCAAUUGUUAGUGAGUCAUCUAAAUGCGUAAGGAUGGUUUAAGGAACUUCCAUCCGAACUUAUUUUUUUUUUUGAAGUGUUCUCACAAAUGUAAUUCUGUUAAAUUUCUGGCCCUGGGUUAUAAAACUGUUCGUUGGUCUUAAGUUUUUAAUAACUUCUACAUUUAAACAUGUAUUUAAAUGUCACUUACUUUAAGAGGGGUGGGGGGGGGGUCAUUUGAAGUAAAACAUGGAAAUUUAAUAUUUGACCAAAAAUUGUUAAUUUUCUUAAGUGAAAAUAUGUUAGCUUCUUUAGAGUGUGGGUUUGUCUAAAAAAAGACGAAGGAAGUUUUGUUAGUACUGCUGUUUGUAAUAAGAUUAAAACUGAGCACUCUAUUAAUUUAUCAAUUGCUCUCUAUUUCUGAUAAAGGCUAAAGGUAUGAAUGUUCACUGUAUCAUGUGCAUGUUAUUGUAAAUGUUUCACUGAAAUUGUAUAAAUGGUGGUCUGGAAAUAAUUAGUAUUAGAAUUUAUUUAUUAAAAUUUAAAUAUUUUAUUUAGUUUCGGUAUAUCGUGAAUUGUGAUACGCAUAUUAUGAUAUGUAAUUGUGUUGCAUUUAUGUUUUAAUAAAAAUUAUAAAGUUAA